CCGACAAUAUUGACGAACGGGCAAUUGACGUUGUCGCACAUUUCAUACAGUGAUAAAAUAUCCAUUCCUUCCUGUAGCACGUUGUUAACAACGGACUUUUGUUUUUGUUAAAAAAGGGAACAGACAAACAAAUCAAAAUGGUGAAAAUGAUUGCAACUAAGGCAGAGUGGGAUGCAGUGAUGAAGGAUGCAGGGGACAAAGUUGUAGCUGUAGAUUUUACUGCUUCUUGGUGUGGCCCUUGUAAAAUGAUUGGCCCAAAAUUUGAGGCCUUCUCAACAGAGUACACUAAUAUCAUAUUUAUCAAGGUAGAUGUGGAUGAGAAUGAUGAAGUAGCACAAGCAGAGGGAAUCAGUGCUAUGCCAACUUUUAAAUUUUACAAGAAUGGAAAACAGGUAGAUGAAUUGGUAGGAGCCAGUGAAGCAAAAUUAAAAGAAAUGUGUGAAAAGCACAAGUAGAAGGCAACAAAGACCUGAUUUAAUGUCAUGGUUUAACAUCUGAUAUAUCAUGCUGAUGAAACAAUAAUACAAAAGAAAUGUAUCAAAAUUGAAACUGAUUUUUUAUUAGAUAUGUGUAGAAUCUUUUGAUUUUUUUGGUUUUGGUUAACAGUUAAGUGUGUAGUGAAAGAAAAUAUCAUAUUACUCUAUGAAUGUAUGAUUUAGACCAGUGAAUUCAGUUUAUUGGAUAUAAAUGGUAAGAUCAUGUUUUAAAGCAGCUAAACUUAUUAAACCAGUGUGUUUAUGUGUUGAAAGGAUCAGUGUAACCAUGGUUAUUCGUUUAUUUUUUACACAACAGAAAUACUACAAAGUACUUACAUUAACAAUUACAUUUGUAUAGUUAUUUAAUGUACUAAUAGACUGUAAUAAUACUAAUUACUUGUUAAUGAUGUUUUACUAUUUUUAGAGAAUUUCAUUUCUUAACCUGCCUACUUAUUGCGAAAAUGAAAUAAUGUUGGCUUUUUUUCGCUCAGAAAAAGAAGUAUUUUGGUUAGGUAAUCUUUUUGAAAUAAACUGAAAUAAGUCACUAACUUUGCUACAUUUGCAGUUGUAGAAAGUGGUUUUCACUACUUGAUAGUUGUUAUAUACCAUAAAUUUGAUAUAUUUUGCCUCAUGAAAAGAAGAUUUUAUGUAACAGAACGAUGCGCAAAUUUUGAUACCAUUUAAACAUGAUAUUCAGGUUAGUUGUUUUUUGGAAUAAUCUGAUGUUUUGAUCAGAGAAUUUUUUUAUCUACGUAGUAUUUUUCAAUUGUCAAAUAGCAAACACCAUUUCUAGAAACGAUUUUUUUAAAGGUUUAAAUCCACCUUUAUUCUUCAUUAACAUUUUUUUUUGCUGUCCUUGCUUCUGUAGUUGAAAUAAACCACAAGUUGAUUAAAAACAUUUCUUAAUGUUUAUGAAUUAUUUAUUAAUCUCUUCAAACUAAUUUUCCGACAGUUCAUCAGGACUGUUUUCUCAGUAUCCGGUUUGCUGUAUUUAAUGUAUUUUGUGGAUUAAAUUAAAAACUAUUGCAUGCAUAUUUUAAAUGUAUUUUGUUGACUAUUAUUUUUGUAUGGCUUACAUAUUUUAUUGGUAAGCACAUGAUGUGCAAUUUGUCAUGAUCAGGGCUGCUUCUAACAGGAUGUGGAAUUAGGCAAAAAGUACUUUUUUUUACGAAAUUGAUUUUACACAGACUUUACUAUUAUCUAUCACACCUGAAUACAUUUUAAAACCAUCAUGAUCUUCAAAUAUUCUGUCUUAACUGUUGACUUUAAGUGUUCCACAAACUUAAAAUGCUAUUUGCCCAGGAAACUACCUCGUCCGAUUAGUGACUAAUGUUAUAAAACUUUAUAAGACUAUCCUAGGUUUUGAUACAGGUAAUAUUUAACCUUAUUUAGAUCAUGUUAGGCUGAGGGAACUUCAAUUUUUUAAUUAGUUUCUUAGGACUAGUCUUUGAUAAUUUUGACCACCGUCCUGGAUUAGAACUUCCCAAUUGAGAAUUAUCUAAAAAUAUUAAAAAGAACUAUUUUAAUCCUCUAGUAUUCAAAAUAUACCAUAAAGUACCAAUAACAACAGGUCUCUAUGGGUCUGCAUAAAAUAGAAAAAGUUUUUUUUUAUAUGGACAAAAAAGACAAUGUCAGUGAAAUUACCGUAAUUAACCAGCAAAUACAUCUAUUCCCAAUGACAUUGAUGUAACCAAUUGUUAAGUCCUUGGCCUUGCAUUGGGAGAUGUAAUGGUUAAUACCAUCCUUGUUACUCAACAAUUCAGACAAUGCAUUAAAUUAUUUAUAUAAAUUUGUUCAGAGAUAAAAUCAAUAGCGGCUAUGCCUAGUCAGUCAAAUAUGCUUAAACAUGUGGUUACUUUUCAAUAUGAUGCAUUCAUUUUUUCUUGUCUUUUUUUUUUUUCUGAGAAAAAGCACUUUAAUCAUUUGCUGGAAUAAGUGACAGAGUGUGUUAGAAAACAUAUCUUUAAAUUUAAUCAUCUAUUUAUAAAGAAAAUUAAUUUUUUUCACAGCUUGCAAUGAAAUAUGUGUAUUGUGUCUUUUAUUUUGAAGUAUAUUUGGCCAACUCAGAUGUAAACCUUUCUUUACAAUAAACAUUGGAUAUAAA